GUGAGAUGUUCCUGCGCAAAAGAGCCUUCGUGUCACUUUCGCCGCAGUUUAGGCAGAUACGGAUGUUGGGUGUUUCGCUCCGCCUCUCUUCGUUGUAAGCUGUCAGGUACCAGCAUUUACAAUAGAGUUUUCUGCACAACUCAAACAAGAUCCGGAUGGUAAUGACAUGGGUGAUUUACUGUCGGCAGCUGUACAAGCCACAAUGACGCCCAGGUACUCACAUCCCCCUCGGGGGAGAUUGAUAAGGGUCACGUGCCAUAUGCCAGCAGGUGUCGCCACACUUGGCACAGCCACAGAUGUGAAUCUGCGCCACAUCUAGUGGCAAGGUACAUCCGAUCAAGAAUCCAACCACCGGUCCUGGUUGCAAGCUGAGGCAAAGAUGAAGCAAGUUGCACACUCCAACUCGAAUCAAAUGUCAGAACCAUGUUCCCUGCUCUGAUCGAUGACAUCUGACAGUCUCGAUGGUCAUUGGCUAUCCACGUCACCUCUGAAGCUACCGCUCCGCUCAGACCUUGGCGUGCGAUAUCAAUCACACCCGGCCGCCCAUAUGACGCACUUGCCGGAUUUUUCCCAAUCUCCUUGCUCGGUUCAAAACUGCAAGAGAACUCAAAAUGUCUCUCGGUUCUUGGUAUAAUGUAUCUACAUGAUACAGAGUUUGGGCGGGGUUCUUUGGCAUUCCAUCCCUGUCCUUUCAUUGGACUGCCAUUGAGGCGCAGCAAGAGCCGAACCCUCCACCAUGGGACACGGCGGUAAGCCAGAACUCAUCACAUUGGAUGAUUCGCAUAGACGUGGAGCCUCCUAAGCAAUAGCUGCUUGUAUCUGAUAGCUGACAGCAUUCGCGGCCCCGAGAACUGGUCUGGUGAACCUGGACUCGAGUUUGAGAAUUGACGACGUGGGCGGCUAAUCUUUCCAUCAACCCGGGGAUCGCGUGCAAAAGGACUACUAUGCUUUUUUUUUCUCUACAUGAUAUUCUCCUCUUCUUCUAGCUGGAACUUCAAGGCUUCCUUACAUCUCACCUUUCCUUUUUGUAAACUGCCCUUCGCCUACGUAGUCUCAUACAGUGAGCGUCGAUUUGCCUCUUGAGGCUGUGCCAUCCGAGACCACCUGGGAGUGAAGAAUACUCUCCGCAGUCUUUUCCAUACCAAGACGAGAUUUCACAUCGCCCCCCUCUCUUGUCGCCGUCUUGUCCAGGAAAAUCGCUCUUCGUCUUGGCAAAGACUACCCACUCGCACCCUGACCUCGCAUAUCUUUCCCAUGGUCGAUUCUUGCCUGGGCAUCCUGGGCAUAGCAUACACAGCCCCCUCUCUUGAUAAAUGCAAGUACAGAGCCGAACCCAAGGGGGUUGAAACACUUCUACAUCAUUAAGCCACAUCUUAUUUAUCACACACAUCAAAAGGGACUUCCGAAGCCCUCCUUGGAGCCAUCAUCACACACUAUGGCGUCCUCUUCACAGCACGAUUCCUCCCAGAAGGGCAUCUUUCUGAGCUCUCUUCAAGUCCCAGAUUCUUCCGCAAGAGAGCGCUCUCUAUCCGCCUCAUCGGCAGGAGCUUCAUCCUCAUGGUCUGGCCCAACAGAUUUCAACCACAGCCCAACUUCACCAACCUCAUCUCUCUCACCAGAUAUGGCGUGGAAAACAGACCCCUCUCGACUAAUGGUCCAGCAACCCUCACAUAAACCCUCCUCGUCCAUCGACGGCGAGACGUUACGAGCACGCUCAGAUUCCUUCGCAUCCUCAGCAGGCCUGACCAUGCGUUCCAGAGCUAACUCCGUCGAUCCCACCCAGGCGGAUAAAGCUUUUGACGACGUGCCUCUAUCAGAUGCCCUCAAACCGGAUCCUCGAGAUGUGGCCGACUUUCAAAUUGACGAUAACCGAUUCGCGUUUUCGCCCGGACAAUUAAAUAAGAUGCAGAACCCCAAAUCCCUCGCUGCCUUUUAUGUUCUUGGGGGCUUGCAGGGAUUGGAACAGGGUCUACGAACUGACCUCAACGCUGGCUUGUCUGUUGACGAAGGCCGGCUGGAAGGUGCCGUCACUUUCCAACAAGUGACACCCCCAUUAUACCCGGAAAAGCGACCCUCCAUAAGCAAGCCAUCCUUGUCUGCCCAGGCAACUCCGGUGCCGGUCUCAUCUAGCGGUGGCUCGCCGUUCGAAGAUCGUAUCCGAGUCUUUAGCGAGAAUCGACUCCCCGCUCGAAAGUCUACAGGUUUCUUGAAGCUCCUGUGGAUUGCAUACAACGAUAAGAUUAUCAUACUAUUGACCAUUGCCGCCAUCGUAUCUCUCUCACUGGGCAUAUACGAGACAAUCGAUGGAGGGACGGGAGUGGACUGGGUCGAGGGUGUGGCUAUCUGCGUGGCGAUUCUCAUCGUCACCGUCGUCACUGCUGCCAAUGACUGGCAAAAGGAACGGCAAUUUGCUAAGCUCAAUAAGAGGAAUAAUGAUCGUGAAGUGAAAGUCAUCCGAUCUGGCAAAUCCAUGAUGAUAUCAGUAUACGAUAUCAUGGUCGGUGACAUUCUCCAUCUAGAGCCGGGUGACUCCAUCCCUGCAGAUGGAGUCCUGAUCUCGGGUCACGGUGUGAAAUGCGACGAAUCCUCUGCUACUGGAGAAUCAGACCAGAUGAAGAAGACUGAUGGCCAUGAAGUCUGGCAGCAGAUCGUUGAGGGCCAUGCCACCAGGAAACUAGAUCCGUUCUUGAUUUCCGGUAGCAAGGUUCUCGAGGGUGUUGGCACUUAUCUGAUUACCAGCGUUGGACCGUACUCCUCGUAUGGUCGAAUUAUGAUGUCCCUCCAGACUUCCAAUGACCCUACCCCUCUUCAAGUGAAGCUCGGUCGUCUUGCGAAUUGGAUUGGGUAUUUGGGCUCAGGUGCUGCGAUAAUCCUUUUCUUUGUCCUAUUGUUCCGAUUUAUCGCCGACCUUCCAAAUCACCCUGAUGUCAGUCCCGCAGAAAAGGGCAAAGAAUUCGUCGACAUCCUGAUCGUGGCCGUCACCGUUAUUGUUGUCGCAAUUCCAGAGGGGUUGCCUUUGGCUGUCACAUUGGCACUGGCUUUCGCUACUACUCGCAUGGUCAAGGAAAACAACCUUGUCCGCGUCCUGCGAGCCUGUGAGACAAUGGGAAAUGCCACUGUAAUUUGUUCCGAUAAGACUGGAACCCUGACACAGAACAAAAUGACCGUUGUCGCUGGUUCAUGGGGUUCAGAUCACAGCUUCACCCAGCCAUCCGAGACCCAUGACGGGACUACCUCUAUGACUACUGCAGAGGCUUUCCAACAGUGCUCUGCUCCUGUACGAGACCUCAUUGUCAAAAGCGUUGCCCUGAACUCUACAGCUUUCGAGGAAGAGAAGGAUGGUGAAAAGGGUUUCGUUGGGAGCAAGACGGAAGUUGCCCUUCUGCAAAUGGCUAAAGAUUAUCUGGGCAUGGACCUCGUCGCCGAGCGUGGGUCUGCUGAUAUCGUUCAGCUCAUCCCCUUUGACUCUGCUCGCAAAUGCAUGGGUGUUGUAUAUCGCCAUGCAGCCGUUGGAUAUCGUCUCCUAGUCAAAGGAGCAUCCGAAUUGAUGGUUGAUGCCUGCUCUAUGCAAAUCACUGAUAUUGACAUGUGCAAGGAGAAAGUUCGCACAGAGUCACUAUCUGAAAAGGGCAAGCAGCAGAUCUUGGAUACCAUUGAUCGGUAUGCGCAGGGCUCUCUUCGCACCAUUGGAAUCGUUUACAAGGAUUUCGAAACUUGGCCUCCCAAAGAUGCCAAGAAGCAUGACGACGAUCCAAAUUCGGCCAAUUUUGAAGACUUAUUCCAGGGCAUGACCUGGGUUGGUGUUGUGGGUAUCCAAGACCCCCUUCGACCCGAGGUUCCCCCCGCGAUUGAGAAGUGCCGUAUGGCCGGAGUUCAGGUCAAGAUGGUGACUGGUGACAAUGUUGCAACCGCUACUGCCAUCGCAUCUUCUUGCGGCAUCAAGACUGAAGGUGGCCUCGUCAUGGAAGGACCCAAGUUCCGACAGCUAUCCGAUGAGGAAAUGGACGAGGUCGUUCCACGUCUGCAGGUCUUGGCUCGCUCCUCACCAGAGGACAAGCGUAUUCUGGUGGAACGACUCAAGCUUCUUGGCGAAACUGUCGCUGUCACAGGCGACGGUACGAACGACGGACCUGCUCUGCGCACUGCCGACGUUGGCUUUUCCAUGGGUAUCGCUGGCACGGAGGUUGCCAAGGAAGCCAGUUCGAUUAUUCUCUUGGAUGACAAUUUCAAGUCUAUCGUGACUGCGAUUUCCUGGGGACGAGCUGUAAACGAUGCUGUGGCCAAGUUCCUGCAGUUCCAGAUCACGGUCAACAUCACGGCUGUGGUCUUGACGUUCGUCUCGUCCGUGUACAGUAGUUCGAAUAGCAGUGUUCUGAACGCUGUGCAGCUGCUUUGGGUGAACUUGAUCAUGGAUACCUUUGCUGCCCUUGCUCUAGCUACCGACGCCCCCACUGACGAAAUUCUGGAUCGAAAGCCCGUGCCGAAGAGUGCCUCGCUUUUCACCUUGACCAUGUGGAAGAUGAUUCUCGGCCAAGCAAUCUACCAACUUGCUGUGACAUUCAUGCUCUACUUUGCCGGAGACCAGCUUCUCGGUGCCCACCUUGACGCUACCGACCCAGACCAUCGAUCCAAGCAGCUUUCCACGGUUGUAUUCAACACCUUCGUGUGGAUGCAAAUCUUCAACGAGUUCAACAACAGACGCCUCGAUAACAAAUUCAAUAUCUUCGAAGGCAUGCUCCGGAACUACUGGUUCCUGAGUAUCAACGCCGUCAUGGUCGGCGGCCAAGUCAUGAUCGUGUACGUGGGUGGCCAGGCCUUUGGCGUAACCCGACUCAGCGGUAUCCUUUGGGCAGUCUGUUUGAUUUGCGCCUUGGGAUGUCUGCCAUGGGCUGUGGUUCUGCGCACAAUUCCCGAUCGCCACUUUGGUAUCGUCUUUAAUGCAAUUGUUGGUGGUAUGAAUGCUAUUUCCCGCCCGCUGGUCAAGGGCUUUAAAGCCGUUUUCCAACCGUUGGUGCGGUUCACCCGCCGACUCUUUUCCCGUCGUGGCACCAAGACUGUGGACUCACCCGAGUCUCAGAGUGAGAUGUCUUCGAGCUCACCUCCCAGUGAUGAAGAAUCCCCCGCUGCGCCAAAAAUUUCUCGUCAGGAGAGUCUCGAACGUCCUCGGACAUCGCCGGCGAUCGCGGUUCCUCCCAUCCUUGUUACAAGCUCCCCUUGACGCGUUUAUUCUUUCUUAUGACUUGAUGUAUCAUUUAGCGACUUUUGGCGUUCCGCGUUGUACACACGCGCAUUAUCAUAGACCCUUCUGGUGGUUUAGUGUAGAUAGUUUAAAAAUACAACGAC